ACUACGGUUGUCCCAUUCGCAAUUCAAGCUCAAGUUAAGCCCUACCAGUCAUCAUCGCGAGAUGAUUUCGAGGAUUCAACUAAAUGGUCGACUAACGAAGCCUCCUUUUUCACUGAUGAUCUCAGGCUUCAGCCUAGCCAGUACCAGCAGGAUUCUACACGCGAAUCGUCUUGGGAGUCGAAAGACUGAAGUUCGACCUUUGAGAAAGUUGGCAGAGAUCCGACUGGAAAACAAAGACUUCCCUUCCUUUCUUCUCUUCAAACCCUUCCUCAGUCCUUUAUCGCGAACUCCGUGCGAUGAUCAAAGAUCCAUUAUGAUAACCUUUUCUUUGUACUUUUGAGUAUGGAAGAAGAAUAUUAACUGGGUACCAAUAUAUACUACGUCUUGCAGAGGCGCAGUGAAAUCUUCUAUGCGCCCCUUUCGUCAAUAAACCGAGUAAAAUUGAAGGAAGAAGAAGGUCACAUACUGAACAAGUGAACAAAUAGAAAGCUACUACAGAAUCAACCCUAUUCGAUCUCGUCAUAGCAUGUCAUUCUUUCAGCCAACCCCAGCUGUCAACGGUCCUACCUCCACACAUCAAGCCAACCGCCCUCCCUCUCCUCUUCCAAAUGAGCAAUUUUACUUCCUCUGUAACCCCCCAGACUUCCACAAUUGCACUCACCCCUCCCAACGUCAUCAUCGACCACACCACAUUUCUCAUUCCAUCCACACCCCCCAACACUGUCAAGUGCACAUCCCCCCUGCUCUGUCACAAACUCAAAUCUACUUCCCUUGCUCGCCAUCGUUACCCGCACAUUCACCACCGUCAUACACUGUCCCUGCUUCACCGCCGUCAUACAAACCCCUUCCUUCCUCUUCAGACACUACUCUCCUCUUAGCGCCUCCUCCACCAUUCUCUCAAGCAACCUGCCCUCACGCCUCCCAACGGGAUACGCUCUUACCAAUACAUUCCCAUUCAUGUACUCACUGUUUUGAGUACCAGAGGGGCUCCCUCUGGCCUUAUGGCUCGUAUGGGUGUACCAUUGAUUGGGCGGUGUUCCUGCUUGUAUUGUUGAAUGUACUGGUAUGGGGAUCUGUGAUCUAUGGGUACUGGUGUGAGUUUACGGCCAAACCAAUUGGCUAGCCUUCGUGGGGAAGAAGGUUGGGGUUGGAUUCGGGGGGGCAGGCUGUGUGGGUGGGCAAGGAGGAGCAGGAUGGGGUCAAAUUUGUUAUGGAGAAGAUUGUAGGUGGACUUUUGUUGAUUGUUUGAUUUAGGUUUUGGUUUCUUAAUACCUUUCCUGUUUCUUCCCAAAAUGUACACUAUCAGAACGUCCUCCGUAUCGUAUCAGCUAUCUAU